AUGUCCCUAGUAAGAUCGCACAGCCGGUGGCCUGGAGGCAUCCCCUCCUUCAUUCGCCGACACGAAGAACCCGUGGCCCCUGAAAAUUUUGAUGCUACCACUCGUGCAUGGAGGCAUUUUGUUCGUGACCAGUGGGUCGGCGACGCCGCGGAUCAACAGAAACGAGCUUUGAUUGAACGGUGGGCAACAGCAGACCAACAAUUUCGCGAUGACUAUCAAUCUCGAGCACCAGAGGACGAACCUAGUUUUCUUGAAGGUCCCGAACUUACAGACAAAAAUUUUAGAGGAAAUGACGUUCACAGUUUCUGCAUGGUCUACGUCUGCAUCACCGAAUUGACCCGCGAGAAAGAAGCCCUGCUAGCCAAGUGCAUCUUGGGUUUAUUCCCAUGGGAAGAAGGCUGGGAAUUUCUAGCAGACGAAAUGAUAAUGUUUCUUCCCUUGGAAGAUAACCAAGAUAUUCUCGAGACAUUCAAGUUCCAUCAAAGUGUCGCGCGACCCAACUUCCUUGAUAUGCACAUGGCGCUCGAUGGAACGGUGCUUUUCAGGGACUGCUAUCCCAAGCUCAUUAUCGAUGACCGGACCCUUGAGACCGGAUUGGGACUUUGGGUUGAAUUCGCAACGAACGGUAUCUACAAGAAAGCCCGCCGGGCUCAAAUUAUGAUGGAGGAAUUCGCCCACUUUUAUCGUGAAAUCGGUCCGGGAAAUCAGGUCCCAAUAGACCAGGCGCUGAAUUACAUAGAGUCACGGGUAAUAUACCAAGAUCGCGAUGAAGAUGCAGAUCCAAGAGAGAUCUUGGAAGAUGAGCCAGUCGAUAUGCGACGGCCGCUCGUGGAAAUCUAUCAAGGGAAUGAAGUCGAUCUAGUGGAUGACUAUGCGCCAGGCUUUCGCGAGGCCGAGGAGCAGGGUAACGGCUUAGCGAUCGGAUAUGAUUUGGAACGGAUACUUGCGAAUGAUGGAAAUCCCCUGACUAUCAAAAAUCAUGGAAGUGAUGAUUAG